UGCAACAGAAAGCGGUGCCCGGUGAAGCAUCAACAAAAUCGCCUCUGGCUCUCUGCUUUCACCUUUAUGAAAAAUACGGUGCGCCUCUCUCUCUCUCUCUCUCCUCUCCUCUCCUCUCUCUCUCUCUUUCUCUCCCUGUCAUGAGUGGUUUCGCGGCGGAAACCUCGCAAUAACAAGGGAAUCGUUAGAGAGAGAGGGGGAGAGGAAGAACAACAAACAAAAAAGAUAUCAGAUUUCUUGAGAGAGAGGACGAGGUGGGCUGAAUUUUUUCUUCUUGCACUGUAAGAUCGAUCUGGGUUUGACACAUUUCUGGGGCUCGUUACGACCCAUUGCUGUUUGCAAAUUGAAAACCCAUUUCGUUCUUCUAUUCACCCAUUUGAAGAGGAUUUUUUUCCUUUUUUUCGAUUUGAUUUUGAUUUUCUAGAGAUACCCAAAAAGGAAAAAAAAAAAAGCAUUUCGAGUUGUUUUUGUUUGUUUGAAGUGGGUGUCUGGGAAUCACAACCACGAACACCCAGAGAUUUUUUGCUUUUCCCCUCAGACAAACCAGAAAGAAUUCGAUUGGAAAAUGAACAAAGAAUCGAGCUGGGACGGCUCUCCCUCCAAUGCCAUUCAUGUUGCUCCUCACAAACCAGCUCAAAGGAGGCUAUAUCAUGUCUGGAAGGGAAACAAUAAAUUCUUAUGUGGUGGGAGAUUAGUCUUCGGUCAAGAUGGGUCAUCGCUCUUUUUAACAUCAUUUUUGAUCGGUGUUCCUGCAAUAACAUUCUGUAUAAGAAUGUUAGUGGCUGUCAAUGGCGAUCAAGAUUUUUUUCACUUCCCUGUAUUGAUUGGAGGAUUGGUUCUUACAGUUUUGGAUUUUCUUUUUCUCUUCUUGACUUCUGGUAGAGAUCCUGGGAUCAUUCCAAGAAACUCAAUGCCGCUUGAAUCAGAUGAAUUAUUGGACAUGCCCACCCCUUCUAUGGAGUGGGUCAAUCACAAGACACCUAAUCUGAAAAUACCCCGGAUAAAGGAUAUAACAAUCAACGGAUACUCGGUCAAAGUUAAGUUUUGUGACACUUGCCUUUUGUACCGUCCACCACGGGCUUCUCAUUGCUCAAUUUGCAACAAUUGUGUCCAGAAGUUUGAUCACCACUGUCCGUGGGUAGGUCAGUGUAUUGGCCUGCGGAACUAUCGAUUUUUCAUAAUGUUUAUUUCAACAUCUACCAUGUUGUGUAUAUACGUCUUCACGUUUUCGUGGAUCACCAUUGUUCGACAAACUGGCAGCUUUUGGACUGUCGUCUCAAAUGAUAUCUUGUCUGUUAUACUUGUUGUAUACUGCUUCAUAUCUGUUUGGUUCGUUGGCGGGCUAACGGUUUUCCAUAUUUAUCUGAUGUGUACCAAUCAGACAACUUAUGAAAAUUUCCGUUACCGCUACGAUAAGAAGGUCAACCCCUUUACCAAAGGGCUAUGGGGAAAUUUGAAGGAUGUCUUCUGGUCUAAGAUCCCUCCUUCGAUGAUUGAUUUCCGAGCAUGGGUAGCAGAAGAGGAAGAAGGCAGCCUGCAAUACACCGGUUCCAAAACCGAUAGAGGCUUCGUCAUCACAAAGGAUAAAUUCGACUUGGAAAUGGACAUGAUAUUUACCAAGGAUAGUAGUAUGAAACUUCCAAGCAUGUUGCAAAAUUUGGAUUAUUCCAGUAUCGAUGAUGAUUUGAAGAAAAAGGAUGUCACAGACCGAAAUGUCGCGUAUGCAUUUACUCCUAUGCAAGAUCGAGCCGUACAGAAUCCGAUGUUAAGCGGUAUGAACAAUAAGAGAACUCAGUAGCAUCUUUAAUUCAAUCUCAUCGCCGUCAAGUUUCUUGGAGACGAAAGGUCUCGUAGAGAUAUUUCCUUCGAAACGAUAGCAUCCGACGGAUUCAGCAUUGAUCUCAACUUGUUUUGAAAUAGGGAUUAACUCUAAACCAGGUCGGGAACGAUGAAAUGACAGCAACUGUAAGUAUUGUGUAGAAAAUCAAAUAAACACCCUUUUCCUCUUCCUUUCUAUGUUCACCUAAAUCUACUAUGAAUUGACCAAGAGCCACAAGAAUCUGAAAAAAAAAGAUGUACUUUGUUUACAAUAGUUAAUUGAGCUUAAUGUUGAGGAAAUUACUCCAAGUUGUGUAA